AUGACUGACAAGCACAUCGUCUUCAUUACGGGUGCCAACUCCGGCAUUGGCUAUGAAGCAGUAAAAGCAUUCCUGGGCUCAUCUACUUCAUACCGCAUCUUUGUCGGCUGUCGCACGCUGGAAAAGAGUCAAGAGGCAAUCGCCUCAAUCACCAAAGAGGUGCCAUCGUCGAGCAGCACUCUUGAGCCGGUCGCCCUUGAGCUGGAAAGCGAUGAGUCUAUAGAUCAGGCAUAUGAGGCUAUUAAAGCUAAGGUGGACAGAAUCGACACGCUCGUUAACAAUGCAGGCGCUGCUUUUGACUCUUUAGACUUCACAAACGACAUUCCAAACAUUCGCUCCAUCUUCAACAAGGCAUACGAUGUCAACGUCACCGGAACUCAUGUAGUGACAGCCAAGUUCGUCCCUCUUCUGAUCAAGUCCUCUUCCCCUCGCCUCAUCUUCAUCACUUCCGGUCUAUCCACCCUCACGGCCCACUCCAAGAGCUUCUACCCGCCAUGGGCGCCCAAGCCACAGGCCGGAUGGCCCAAGGAAAACGUUAGUGCUACCCUGGGCUAUAAGAGCAGCAAGGCGGCGCUCAACAUGGUGAUGCUGAACUGGCACUGGCUGCUGCAUGAGGACGGCGUCAAGACUUUUUGCAUCAGCCCGGGCUUCUUGGCCACGAACCUGGGUGGUGAUCCGGAGAAGCUCAAGGAGAUGGGUGCGGGCCAUCCAUCCAUCGGAGGGCAAUUUAUUCGGGCAGUUACUGAAGGAGAGAGGGACGAGGAUGCUGGUAGAGUUAUCCGCACCGGGGGCGUUCAGGACUGGUAG